GCUGCUUCCUGUUUCACACUGCGGUGAAUGCACUGUUCUGCUAUCUGUUAUCUUUAUAACUAUAGAUCUGCAUUCAUGGAGAGAAGGAGGGAAGAUGAUGAACUACAAGAUCAGUCCAGGUGUGGAGUGUGUGAGCAGCUUCUGACAGAUCCAGUCUCCAUCAGCUGUGGACACAGGUUCUGCAGACAGUGUAUCAGCAGCUACUGGGACCAGUCUUCUUCAUCAGGAGGGUUUGGCUGUCCACAUUGCAGAAAGAGAUCUAGAACCCGUCCUCUUCUACACCCACACAAAGGAAUGGAAGAGGCCAUGCAGCACGACUGUCACACUCCAGUGCAUGAUGUACUGCAUAGAGUCUUACACACCCACAAAACCAGCAUGAAGAACAAGUAUGAGAGCUUAUUUGAGGGAAUCAAUACACAAGAGAAUAAAACCCUCUUGAACCAGAUUUACACACAGCUCUACAUCAUAGAGGGAGAGAGUGAAAGUGUGGAUGAAGAACAUGAGGUUUUACAGAUGGAGAAAACACUCAGGAAACAACUGUUACAAGACAUUCCAAUCAACUGCUCUGACAUCUUUAAAGCUGUACAAGAUCCUAAAAAAGAAAUGGAAGAAGAGAACAUUAGAGCUGUGAUGGCUGAAGGUGUCAUACACACAGAAGAAAAAGAAGAUAAAGGACCAGAAAUGCCAAAGCUCAGAACGGUUCAGACUAAAGGAAUUGCAGGAAUUGGGAAAACUGUCUCUGUGCAGAAAUUCAUUCUUGAUUGGGCUGAGGGAAAAUCCAAUCAGGAUGUAGAUUUCAUGUUUGUGCUUCCAUUCAGGGAGCUGAACUUGAUUAAAGAUGAGCAGUACAGUCUUCAUACACUUCUGUGUAACUUCCAUCCUGAGAUCAAAGAUCUUGCCUUAAGGACAUAUGAUGCACACAAAUGUGUGUUCGUUUUUGAUGGUUUAGACGAAAGCACAAUUCCACUGAACUUUCUAAAGUGUGAGAAUGUAUUUGACAUUACCACGAUAUCAUCAGUGAAUGUGUUGAUCACAAACCUCUUCAAAGGAGAGUUGCUUUCCUCUGCUCUCGUCUGGAUAACCUCCCGACCAGCAGGAACCAGUCAAAUCCCUCCUCAGUACAUAAACUGUUUGACAGAAAUUCAGGGAUUCACUGAUGCACAGAAGGAGGAGUACUUCGGGAAAAGAAUCGGUGAUCAAGACCAAGCCAAGAAAAUCAUCUCACACAUUAAGAGAGUAAAGAGCCUCCACAUCAUGUGCCACAUACCGGUCUUCUGUUGGAUCUCAGCCACGGUGCUUCAGAAAAUCAUUAAAAAAAAUAAUGAUACAGAAAUCCCUAAAACUCUGACUGAGAUGUAUAUACACUUUAUGUGGACUCAGUUACACACGAAGAAUGCAAAGUACAAAGAGAAAAACGAGAGAGAUCUAAAAACCCUUCUGGAAUCCAGUAGAACUUUGAUUCUGAAACUAGCUGAACUGGCUUUUAAGCAGUUAAUGAAGGGCAAUGUACUAUUCUAUGAAGAAGACCUAAGAGAGUGUGGCAUUGAUGUCACUGAGGCCUCUGUGUACUCUGGGAUUUGCACUGAGAUAUUUAGAGCGGAAUUUGUGCUCUACCAGACGAAGGUCUACUGCUUUGUGCAUCUGAGCUUUCAGGAGUUCCUGGCUACUUUCUAUGUGUUUCAAUGCUGUGUGAACAAGGACAUUGAGGCACUGCAGUUUUUUAUGCCUCAGCAUUGGGGCUGGUACAGAAACCGGUCUGAGAAUGUUCUACUGGAGGACCUGCUGGAAGGAGCAGUGGACAAAGCCUUGAAGAGUCAAAAUGGACACCUGGAUCUUUUCCUCCGGUUCCUGCUGGGCAUCACACUGGAGACCAAUCAGAGACUCCUACAAGGCCUACUGAUACAGUCACAGAACAGUUCAAAGAGCAUCAACAAGGCAGUCCAGUACAUCAAAAAACAAGUAAAAACAGAAAGCAUUCUUACUGAGAAAUCCAACAAUCUCUUCCUCUGUCUGACUGAAAUACAUGACCAGUCCCUCUCCAGGGAGAUUCAGCAAUAUCUACAAUCAGAUAAAGAAUCCCAAAGCAAGCUCUCUCCUGGACUGUGUUCAGCUAUAGCUUUCUUAAUGCAGAUGUCAGAGGAAGUGCUGGAUGAGGUGGACCUGAAGAAAUUCAAUACAUCAGAGGAGGGUUACAGGAGACUGAUACCAGCUGUGUACAACUGCAGAAAAGCUCUGUGA